CAGAGCUUCAGUCAUACACACAAUGAUGAACUUCACCUUGAUAACAGCUUUGAUUCUCUGCAGCAUCAGCUGGAUCUCUGUCUCAGCUUCUGAGUCUCAGACUGUGAAUGUCCAGCCUGGUGAAGAAGCCUCGCUGCUGUGCUCUAAGACGUUUGAAUCUGACUCUGUGGCAUUAUGGUUCAGAGUGGUCAACAGAACCAAGGCCAGCUCCAUUUCCACUAUGACCAGCUCCACCAAUGAACCUGUCUACUUUGAUGGAUUUAAAAAUGGGAAAUUUGAAAUGGGAUCCAACACCUCCGCUGUCUCUCUUAAAAUUAAGAGAGUGGAUUUUUCUGACUCUGGGCUGUAUUUCUGUGGAUUUUACACAGCGGGACGGACAAUUUUAAGUGUGAUACAUUUAAAUGUUGAAGCAGAGUGUGACAGAAUAACAAUGUUGACGAGUGUGAUCCUGGGCGGUCUGACUGUUUUCCUCGUAAUGGUCAUCGUUGGUCUGGUUGUUAAAAACAGGAAACUUCAGACAGCAGAGUGUGACAGAAUAACAAUGUUGAUGAGUGUGAUCCUGGGUGGUCUGACUGUUUUCCUCGUAAUGGUCGUCAUUGGUCUGGUUGUUAAAAACAGGAAACUUCAGACAGCUGCCAGUGAAGAACAAAAUCCACAACAGCGUGAGAAUCUGGGCUCUGAUGAGCUGAACUACGCAGCAGUGAAUUUCUGUCCAAAAGGAAGAAGAAGAGAAGUGGAGCCGAAUGUUGUGUAUUCUGCUACUAGAUAGGCUCAGGAGGCAACAAGGAAUGCUGUUCAGAAUGGAACUGAUGCUUUAUCAUAUUAAUCUGCAGUUGUGCUUUUGUGUGUGUGGUGGACAGGAGGACUCAUCAUCACUUUGUCACACAAAGGACAAAUAAAAUUAGUAGUUUUCUUCCUA